CAGUUUCUAGUGAAAGCAUUCCCGUAUGGACAUCUGCUAAGAGACGAAUUACUUUUUUAAUUUAAUUUGUGAAUGAAUUAUUUCAGAUCAUUAACCCUCAAGAUGUCACAAGAUAAUUUAAAUAAUAUCAUAGUGGCCUUCAUAUUUUUGGCGGUCCAUGCGAAUUGUAUUCCCAAAUAUGACGACAGAGGUUUUAUACCAAGUUCGAUAGCUUACAUGGAAAAAAUUGGUAAGGCACAGGAUCAAGUGGCAAUGCCGUCACAAGCCGAAAUUCGGACUGAUACAUCAAUGAAACACGAGGAAACUACGAUCAAUGAUAUCUCGGAUCGUAAUCAAGAAGCACGCUUUGGUUUCACUAAUAUUGGAAGUUCUGGUUCUGGUUACGCUAUAUCACCUUAUGCUCCAGCAAAAAUAGAUUUGGGUGGACUUCUCUUAGGUGCUAUUAUAGGAGUCGGUUCCAUUCUCAUCAUUCCAAAAUUAUUAUACGUUCUAUCGGGUACCUACGGAAAUUAUGCGAGAAGCGAAGAAAAUGGUUUCGCACAGUCGAUGACAAAAUUGGACGACGCAUUGGCUCGUCACGGUAUAGAUACAACAUCUUGUAUGCAACGAGCUGUUUGUACUUAUUCUCAACAAGCUGCUGCAGCUGUAAAAGUAGCCGACGAGGAGAACGAAGAUGAAAAGAUAUCUUCUUUCGAUAGAAUGAUCGAUGCGAUAACUACCAAUCAAGUUUUUCGAACAGCCAUGCAAGGGACGGCGAUACAAGAGGCAGUAGAAGCAGGUCAUUCUGGUAAAAAUUGUUCAUAUUCUUAUCCCCAUUGUGGUUUCUCUUUGGAAACAAUGCUAUCGCUCUUAUCAAACAUUAUAACGGCUAUAUCGACGGCGAAUGCACGAGCUGCGUCGUCUACAACAUCUCCGUUGCUAUAACUAUUUUAUCAUUAGUUAAAUAAAUAUAAUAUCUUUAUUUCUUAAGCUUAUUUGUAUUUGCAACGUCAAAGAGGAAGAAGAAGAAAAAAAAGAAAAAAAAAAAAGAAAAAAAAAAG